ACUUCCGCUUGGGGAAAGGGGUGUACUUUGGGGGCCGGGCCAGCCGCUGAAUUCCGAGAUCAAGCUUCCAGACCCUGAGAGUAGAUCAAGUGUGUCCAAAGCCGUCCUGUCAGACUAUGGACCCUGAGGUGUCCCUGAUGCUGCUGUGCCCUCCUGGGGGACUGUCCCAGGAGCAGGUAUCGGUGGAGCUGAGCCCAGCUCAUGACCGUCGUCCAUUGCCUGAAGGAGACAAGACCAUCACUGCCAUCUGGGAGACCCGGCUACAGGCCCAACCUUGGAUCUUUGAUGCGCCCAAGUUCCGCCUUCACUCAGCCAUACUGGCGUCCAGCUCACCUGAGCCACAGCUGCUCCUGCACCUAGGUCUAACUUCCUACCGGGACUUCCUGGGCACCAACUGGUCCAGCUCAGUUUCCUGGCUGCGACAGCAGGGAGCAACAGAUUGGGGUGACAAGCAGGCCUAUCUGGCAGACCCACUGGGGGUGGGUGCCGCAUUGGUCACAGCUGAUGACUUCCUUGUCUUCCUGCGCCGCUCUCAGCAGGUAGCAGAAGCACCUGGACUGGUGGAUGUGCCCGGUGGGCACCCUGAACCUCAGGCCCUGUGCUCUGGCGGCAUCCCCCAGCACGAGGACCUCCCUGGGGAACUGGUGGUACGAGAACUCUUCUCCAGUGUCCUUCAGGAGGUCUGUGAUGAGGUGAACCUGCCACUGCACACCUUGAGCCAGCCACUGUUGUUGGGCAUCGCUUGCAAUGAGACCAGCGCGGGCAGAGCCAGUGCAGAGUUCUAUGUCCAGUGUAGCCUGACUUCAGAGGAGGUCAGGAAUUAUUAUCUGAGUGGAGGACCUGAGGCCAACGAGUCUACAGGAAUCAUCUUUGUGGAGACACAGAGGGUACAGAGACUGCAGGAGACGGAGAUGUGGGCACAACUCUGCCCCUCGGCCAAAGGCGCCAUCCUCCUCUACAAUCGCCAUCCACCUCUACAGUCAAGUGCUGGAAGUCCCACCUGAGUCAUCCUAGCGUCCCAGCCCUGUCGCUACAGCUCUGAAGACAAUAAAAGACUUUAUUCUUGUA